CACUCUGACGAUAAAUGUAAAGGACAAAGAGCAGAAUGAAGCGGAGCAUGGACUCAACAAAAAUACAUUAAUCCUAAAUAAGAACUCCCACAAAGGUUCUAAUGUGCAAAUCUCUCUUAAGAAAUUAGCAAAUCUUGGAUGGGAUUGUGGGAAUAACGUGAAGGAAAAUGUGGGCCAACCAAAACCAUGAAAGAAGAAGAUUGGAAGAAAGGUUUGCAAGAUUACAAAAUAAAGCUAGCCUAAGGAGUUUCUUUUUCAAAGUGUCUUUAAUUUGUGUUUUGUGAAAAUUCUAAGGGGGUCUUAUGUUUAAACAAAUCUAAAGAUCAGUCAGAUCUAUUUUAAGUUUUAUAGUCCUUAUUAUCAUGAAUAAAUUUGUAUUCCAAUUAAUGUUUCAUUAAUUUCAACUCAUAUCCAUAAUAUGUCUUAUGCACAAAAUUUAAUAGUAGAAUAGUUAUGUAUUAAUGAUAACCAUAGUUAGUUUUCUCUUAAGUAUUCCUAACUGUACUUAGUUUUCUGUUUUAGAAUUAGUUUGGGUUGUAAAUUUUGUUUAAAAACAGUUUUCUUUUUUGUAAUCUAGAGCUGUAUAAAUAAGAUCUCUUUCUUUCAGAAGAUUGCUAAGUUGAAUAGUAAUCUCUUCUGAGUGAUUUUUCUUCAAAUCUCCUAAAUAGAAAUUUCUUUCAUAAACUGCUUUAUGGUAUCAGUGCCCUAGACUUACGUCUCCAUAGCUUCUUCUACAUCUCCUUCUUCGUCCGAUCAGCCCCUGCUCCUUCUACGAUGACAGCGACGGCGAACAAUUCUCUGACGGUGGUCUCUGGUUCUAUCGCAAAUCCCAUGCCUCUUCACGCAUGGAACCCUUUCUACAACUCUCUCACUUCAUUGCUCCCUCUCAAGCUGGAUUAAACAAAUUUUCUUGCUUGGAAAUAACAGGACGUUCCCACUGCGAUUGGACACGAUCUUGAUGAUCUCUUGUUCAGCAACGUCUCUCCCACUCAGAAAUUGGUUAAUGGUGAACCUAACCCUGCGUAUACACAAUGGAAACGGAAGCAUCAACUACUGUUGUCUUGGCUCAGAUCCUCAAUGACUGAAAGGAUUCUUGGAUCUGUGGCUACAUAUACUACCUACUACUCGGUCUGGCGUGCCCUUGAACAGAAGUUUUCAAGUCAAUCAAAAGCACGUCUCCUACACCUUAAGGGUCAACUAAGCAAUAUUUAGAAAGGUAAUCUUUCCAAUUCUGAUUAUGUUGGCAAAGUUAAAUCAAUUUGUGACAGCUUAGCAAUUGCCGAUUGUUGUAUUGAUGACAAAGAUAUGGUCUUGCAACUCCUCAACGGUCUUGGUCCCGAGUUUUAUCCUGUAGUGUCGGGUAUUACCUCUCGUGAUGAUUCUCUUACUCUGGAAUCGAUUCAAGCACUAUUAAUGGCUCAUGAGAGUCCUCUUGAACGUCAUCAAACUAUGUCUGAUCUCUCCAACAAGAUGGAUGCCAAUAUUACUUUUGGUCCUUCAAGAAAUGGACCCUUCGCUGCUUACAGAUCAACUUACAAUUAUGGUCGAAGUUCUAACUAUGAAUCUGCUUCAAGAAACACUAGUCGAGGAUUUUCUCGAGGCCCUCCUAUCUCUGUUAAACUUCUUUGUCAAGUCUACUUGAAAAGUGGUCACACUGCUGCAGUUUGUCAUUAUAGGUUUGAUAAAACCUUUAUCACUCCAAAGGCAGGCACUACUCAACCACGUGUGUAUCUCAUUGAGCAAGAAAUUGCAUACGACCCUCAAGCUUAUGUCACUUCUUCUCUCCCAAACUUUGGUGAUGAUGGGUGUUGGAUGCAGACACAGGCGCCACCAAUAAUGUUGCAUAUGGGAUGGAACAUUUGGACUCUGCAGUUCCUUUUACUAGGAAUGAAACUCUCGUUGUUGGUGAUGGACAAGCAAUCGGGGAGAGUCUUGCUAAAACGGAAGGUUAGGGAUGUUUUGUAUAUGCUUGGUGAGGAUACUCAAAGUUCACAAAGGACUUCUCUGGAAUGUCAUCUAGAUUUGAACCAUGUAUUUUCUUGGGUUAUUCUCUUCAGCAUAAGGGGUAUUUUUGAGAGAAUGCAGCUGGCAGAAUUAUUAUUUCUCGGAAUGUGGUGUUCAAUGAAACUCAGUUUUCACCAUCACUACCUUACUCAGGUACAAUCUUAUACCUCCUCUCAUUUUCCUACUGCUCAAUUUCAUACAACACCAAUAUAUCCAGCUACUAAUUAUGCUCUUAUUGGUGUCAACUUUGGUGUGCACACUGAGAAUCACUAUGCAUCAACACCAUCUAUACCUCAUGCAGCUACUAUGCAACCAAAUUCAGAUUCUACUCAAGCUCCAUCAUGUCUGCCACCUACUAUUGUGUCAUCCGCUGCUCCCCCUAUGACACUCGUUGAUAAUGUAAACCAAGUUGUAGCUCCACCUCGUGCUCAUCCAAUGACAACUCGAUCCCAAAGUGGCAUCUACAAACCAAAGGCCUAUCUUGCAACAAAUCACCCUCUUUCAGAGUCUUUACUUCCAACUGAACCAUCUUCUGUAAGGACAGCUCUCAAAGAACCGCGCUAGUUUGCCUCUAUGAAAGAUGAGUACAAUGCUUUGAUGAAACAAGGUACUUGGACUUUAGUUCCUCAUGACUCAAAUAUGAAUGUCAUUGGUAACAAAUGGGUUUUUCGAGUUAAAUUGAAAGCAAAUGGGACCUUGGACAAGUUUAAAUCAAGACUGGUUGCCAAAGGAUAUUCACAAGCACCAGGAAUUGACUAUGAAGACACAUUUAGUCCAGUUGUAAAACUAGCCACAGUUCGUACAGUUCUCACCUUGGUUGUUUCAACUAAUUGGGAAGUAAAGCAACUAGAUGUAAGUAAUGCUUUCCUAAAUGGUACCUUAACUGAAGUGGUGUACAUGCAGCAGCCCCAUGGUUUUAUUGAUUCAUCCAAGCCUAGUCAUGUAUGUAAGCUACACAAGGCUUUAUAUGGAUUAAAACAGGUCCCUGGAGCUUGGAAUGACAAGCUCAAACAUACUCUAUUUCAGUGGGGUUUCCAUGCCUCCAAAUAGGACUCUUCGCUCAUUAUUUUUGGUUCGGGAUCUCAGCUUGUUCUUCUCCUUGUAUAUGUGGACGACAUUCUCAUUACGGCCCCAAAUAAAAACCUUAUUACCAAGCUUGUUGCUGAUAUGAAUGCUUCCUUUUGUUUAAAGGACUUGGGCUCUCUUCAUUAUUUUCUUGGAGUGGAGAUUCAUCGAAAAUCAGUAGGUAUGUAUUUGUCUCAAACAAAGUACAUCAUAGACUUACUUGUCAAGCUUCAUUUUGAAGGUGCUAAACAUUGUUCCAAUCCUACUAGUUCCACACACAAGCUGUCACUUACUAAUGGAGCUCCCUUUGAAGAUAUUACCUUGUAUAGAAGCACUUUGGGUGCUCUACAAUAUCUCAUGCUCAUGCGGCCAGAUGUUGUAUUCAUCAUCAAUAAACUAAGUCAGUUUAUUCAUGCUCCAAUAGUGGUUCACUGGGAAGCAUGCAAGCGGUUGCUGUGCUACUUAAAAGGGAUUGUUUUAGAGGGAUUACUCAUCUAGCCAGCUUCUCUUAUGAGUUUACAAGGAUACUCUGAUGCAGAUUGGGCUAGCUGCCCUGAUGAUAGGAGAUCCACGGGUGGUUAUGCUAUGUUUUUAAGAGGCAAUCUCAUCUCUUGGUCUGCUAAGAAACAACAUGUUGUUGCUCGUUCAAGUACAGAGAGUGAAUUUAGAUCUUUGGCUAAUGUUGCUGCUGAAAUAAAAAUGCUAGUUUCCAUGCUAACUGAGUUGCAAGUCUCAUUGCAUGAAUGCCCUGUCUUGUGGGUUGAUAAUCAGAGUGUUGCUGCUUUGGCUGCUAAUCCAGUGUUUCAUGCUCAAUGUAAACAUAUUGAAAUAGAUCUACAUUUCGUAAAGGACCAGAUUAUUGCAAAACAACUCUCUGUUCGCUAUGUACCUUCUGUAGAUCAAGUAGUUGAUGUACUUACUAAAUCUCUUUUUGUGGAUUGCUUUGUGUAUCUUAAGUCCAAACUUAAAGUGGUUUCUACCCCUUUUCAUAUGAGGGGGAUGAUAACCAUAGUUAGUUUUCUGUUAA